AUGAAGGUUUCCGGCAGCAUGGAACCUGCACUCCGGAGACACCAUGGAAGGGACAACGUCCGGGUAUUCAAGCCCCUUCUUCGCGCCUACGCGCUCGGGUACCUGUCUUCCGUCACCCCAAAAUUGGUGUCUUAUGUACGCCAAUUGCGCAAUAAGGACUGGACUACGCAACAGAAACUUCAAGAGGGGAAAGACCCUGGUCAGGCCAUAACCAAUCCGCUGGAGCAUCACCGCCCGGAGUUAGCAGGGAGGACAAUGGACCUCACCAUCUACAUGGUCACAAGAGCCGUUGACGCGGUCGCGUGUGCUGCAUGGGGUCGCUGGUCCCGUCGUCGCCGGGCCCAGAAUCGCUGGACGACUGUCGAAUCUCUUAUCCCUGGCUUCGCCGACGCAACUGUCUUUGCUAUGAGUGCCGCUGUGGUCAUGUGGGCUUGGUUUUAUCUCCCUGAAAGACUGCCUAGAACCUACGAGAAGUGGAUCGGGGAAGCUGCUCAGGUCGAUUCACGUUUAAUUGAAGCCUUGCGCCGUGUUCGACGAGGAGUCUUCGUUUAUGGAAAGGAUACAGGCCAGGCACCUCUUCUCCAGUCGAUGUGCAAAGACUACAACUGGCCAGAGGUGUGGGGAGACCCAGCAAAAGUGGCCCCGAUCCCUUGUGAAAUGGUUCACAUGGGUUGUGGCCCCAGUUGUGAGAAACACGCAUUGUAUCGAUUUGCCAAAACCUUCAAAUUUGCCUGUGCAACCUAUAUACCCCUACAGAUUGUUUUCCGUCUGCGCAGGAUGAAAUCUGCAACUGCCCUCCGUCGGGCCCUUUUUGAUGCAGCACAAUCAUCUGCCUUCCUUGCAUCUUUUGUGAGCUUAUUUUACUACAGCGUCUGUCUCGCUCGGACACGACUUGGCCCCAAGAUCUUCGAUGCGAAGACUGUCACUCCGAUGAUGUGGGACUCUGGGCUUUGUGUCGGUGCGGGAUGUCUCAUGUGUGGCUGGAGUAUAUUGGUUGAAAAGACGCGGAAGAGACAGGAGUUGGCGCUAUUUGUGGCACCCCGGGCUGCCGCCACGGUUUUGCCACGGUUGUAUGAUAAAAAGGUAUGUAUCGGACCCUCGCAUCCUCUGUCCACAAAAGGGUUACACCCACAUCCCCUCCACCCCCUUCUCAGUGCCUCCAAAUUAUCCUGUGGCAGGUUCCAAAACAAUCACGAGAUGCUGACGCGUGUUGAUGUUUCCCAGUAUCAAUCCCGAGAGCGCGUUGCAUUUGCUGUUAGCGCUGCUAUUCUUAUCACUUGCCUCCGCGAGCGACCUAGCACGGUACGCGGAGUAUUUGGUCGCAUCACAUCGAAUGUGUUGAACUAG